CGUCGCCCAUGCAAACAGUCAUAAUUAGUGCAAGAAACCAGUUUCUUCCUCUAUUUGCAGUGUUUUUUUUAUAGUGAUGGAAUUAGUUUAGUUUUGAAAGCAAAUGACUGACAGAUGUGGAAAAACUUUAUAGGUGUUUGUGAGGAGCUGCAAUGCUCUAGUGAAUAUAAGACUGUAUAAAAUUAAAUCACUGGUAAAGAAUCAGGCAGGCAAACGAUUCAACAAACAAACAAACAAAAAAAAACAAACAAACAACGAAUGCCUUUUUAACAGCAUGGCAGCAACAGGGCAACUCAGUCACUGAGUUCCAAUUCCCUUAAUCGUAGUAUGUAAUCUUACAGAAGCAAUCUUUCGCUCCCUGGGAGGAGCGAGUGGUUCACAGUGACUGAAAUGAUUACGCCAAGUUACUGUAUCAAUUCCACAUGACACACUAUAGCACUGCAUUGCUUUUAAAGUUGCUUUUGUAGUUACUACUGCUAUAUAGUCAGCGCGAGCGCAGUGAGGAGCGUGCGCCGCUGCAUCACGCGCAGGAGGCGUUACGGGGGCGUGCCGCUGCAUAUCAGCUCCGCUGGUUCGUGUGUCUCUCGAGCUCCAUUGAGAAUUGCUCUUUCGUUAGCGCAGCGGCUAACUUGAUAUUGACGAAUACCAAAAAGGGGGUGUAGUUUCGGGUUGUUGUUUUACCCCGUAAUAAUACCCUUUAACAGUAAAAGAGAGAUCCUCCAGGUUGUGGCACGGGCGUCGAUACGGCGCGCGCCGUGUGGAAACCGGAGAAAGAAGCCCCACUCAUCCAGACAAGUGAAUCGCACGCGGCCACAGGUAGCUCUCCGCUGAGAAUCUCCGCGUGCGGGUCAUGCAGGCAUCUCCGGACGAGGAGCGAGCUGCGUCCCCGUGCUGUUAGGUCUCCGUGAAGCCGUCCGUUUGUGUGCGCCGCGCAGGGGGAAUAGCCAUGUCCCGGAGAAAGCAGAGCAAGCCCCGCCAGAUCAAACGAUCUAUUGGGGAUCUUGAUGGCGGCGAGGACAACCCCCCCGAUGAUGUCAGUCUCUCGGGAGAGGAGGGCGGGACCACGGACCAGGAGGACUCAGCCGAGGGGGAGGGCUCCAGUCCCUUGCUCGUCCCACUUUAUAACGAAGAGCCCAGAACACACGAGCCCCCGGGGACACCGGACACCGGCGAAGAAGAUGAGAAAGGUCAAAGAACUGGCGAUGAGGAAGAGGAGAGGAUGGAAGAGGAAGAUAAUGAGGAUGAAGAAGAGGCAAACUGGAACGGUCCAGAUGAUUUGGAGCUGGUCGAGGGGCUUGAAGACUCCAAGGUUCUCGCCCGGAGAGACCUGUCAUUGGCCACUGCGUGGGGACCUUUCCCUGGAACCAUCCAAUCAAACAAGAAUGCAGACGGAACAUCCACUGAGGGCACUCCACUGGCUCUGGUGUGUGAGGAUGUGGACUACUGGAUCACAAAGGUUCCUGUGACCUCCUGUUAUUCAGAGGCCAACUGCACCAUUUCCUGUCAAGGUGAUGGUCUGCUCUGUAAGCUCAAUCAAGACCUCCGCAGGGGAGAUGCUCUGGUAGCCACACUGUCGAGGCCGGCCACUGGUCGGCCAUCCACUACGCAGACCCACAAUGCACCAGUGAAAGAGGAGCCUACGUAUGCAGCAGCCCCGCCCUCUGAGAUCCAGCUCCUCCCACAGCAGGCCGGCAUGGCUGCCAUCUUGGCGACUGCCGUCAUUAACAAGGACGUCUUCCCUUGCAAAGACUGUGGCAUCUGGUACAGGAGCGAGAGGAACCUCCAAGCCCACCUCAUGUACUACUGCGCCAGUCGGCAGAAGCAGAAGACCACCGCGUCCCCGCCUCAGGACAAACCCAAGGACACCUACCCCAACGAGAGGGUGUGUCCCUUCCCCCAGUGCAACAAGACUUGCCCCAGUGCCAGCUCUCUGGAGAUCCACAUGAGGACACACAGUGGCGAGCGUCCAUUUGUGUGUUUGAUCUGCCUAUCAGCGUUCACCACCAAGGCCAACUGCGAACGGCACCUCAAGGUUCACACGGACACGCUGAACGGCGUGUGCCAUGGCUGCGGGUUCGUAUCAACCACACGGGACAUCCUCUACAGCCACUUAGUCACCAGCCACAUGGUGUGCCAGCCGGGCUCGCGCAGUGAGGUUUACUCCCCCAAAGUGGCGCUGGCGUCGGGUCUGAGUCCGGGGGAUUCUGGCGUGGUGCUGAAGUGUCAGGUGUGUGGCUUCGCGGCGGACACCCCCGCGCUUCUCCAGCAGCAUGUUCACACCCACCUGGAGCUCCGGGUCCCGGCCGAAAGGAGCCCCGCGCCCCAGCGGAGCAGCACGCCCGCGUCGGAGCUCCCAGAGGCCCCGGAUGGCGAGCGGACGGCCAGUGUGCCCAGGCCGAGCUCCUCCAGCCCGGAAGCCCGCGCCGGUUCUGCUGCCUCCCGCGGGCGCAGCCCCCCGGAGCCGCUGAGCAUCAAGGAGGAGCCACGCUCCGAUUCCGAGGGAGACGCGAGGGAUGUGGCGAGGGAGGGCGAUCGCCACAGGAAGCACGCCAAGGGAGGCUCGCCUCAUCCCGCCUCGCCUAAGAGCCCGCCGGCUGUGGCCGUGAAGACGGAGCCCACUAGUCCCACCCCGGGCUGCAGCCCUGUGCACCCGGGUGCAGGGGCGCCCGUGCCAGCAGGAGCAGCCGUGUUUCUGCCCCAAUACCUCUUCAGUUCCGAGGCUGCCAUCAUGCCACAGGCAUCGGAGAUCCUGGCCAAGAUGUCUGAGAUGGUUCACAGCAGGCUGAAGCAGGGUCAGGGCCCAGCGUCCACACAGCAGGGCUUCUACCCCACAGGCUCUCCCGCUGGUGUCCCAAAGGGGGCGACGUGCUUCGAGUGUGACAUCACAUUCAACAACAUCAACAACUAUUAUGCCCACAAGAGGCUGUACUGCUCCAGCAGGCACCAGCAAGGGGAGGGGGCAGGCCCGGCGAAGGACAGCCCUGUGCCAACGGCGCCCCCCGGAGGUCCCGACGCCUCUCCGCAGGCCGGACCGGGCAGUCGCGCCGCCUCGGCCUCGCCCGGUCACUCAGACCCUGCAGCGGCCGGCUCGGCCACGGACGCCAAGCCGGCAGAGGUGAAAAGCGAGACCCCGGGGCCGAAGGACGCGGCCUGCUCGUCUUCCUCGGAGGGCGAGGGCGGGGGAGGGGGCCGGGCGAGCGAGGGCAGCCAGAGCCCCGGCGGCUCGGCCGAGGACCCCGAAGAGGACCCCACGCGCACUUACUGCCAGGCGUGCAACAUCCGCUUCAGCAGACACGAGAACUACACGGUGCACAAGCGCUUCUACUGCGCCUCGCGCCACGACCCCUCCAACCAGCGGCUGCUGCCGGGCAAGGCCACCUUCCUGCCCCAGCCUGUCCGCACGCGCAAGCGCAAGAAGAUGUACGAGAUCCACAUGGCGCGGAGCGAGGCGCUGGCCAACGCCACCGCCCUGUCCACCACGCCGGGUAUGGCAGUCAAGCAGGAGGGCAACGGCUCCCCCUCCAGGUCGGCGUCGGCGUCCACCGCCGCUCGCUGCUCCAGUCCGGAGAGCGACGGCCCCAUCGACCUGAGCAAGAAGCCCCGACUGAGAGAGACCACGAGGGGCAGCGGCAUCUCUGCGCUGCCCCUCACGGACUACCACAAGUGCACGGCCUGUAGCAUUAGCUUCAACAGCAUCGAGAACUACCUAGCCCACAAGACGUACUACUGCCCUGCCACCACCUUACAACCCCACACACUGGAGCAGCUGCAGAGGUUGAAGAGGCCCGUGUCCACCUCGCCCAAGAGCCGGGGCCCCGACCUGCAUCCGGAUGCCAAGGGCCAUCAGACGGGGAAGUCCACCGCUGUCCCCGCUAGCCUGGCCCUGCCCGGCCCGGAUGCCGUGCCCGUGACGAAAGCCCCCGGCACUCCUCCCGUGGUUUGCCCCUACUGCCCUCCCAACCGAGCAGUGACCUCUGACCUGAUGGAGCACUUCCGCACGGCUCACGGCCUGGUCCUCUCGCUGCAGCCGGAGGCGGGGCCGGCCCACGUCAGUCCCGGCCCCGCCCUCAGCCCUGGGGACGGAGCCCCGCCCACCCCUCCCAAACCGGGCCCAAAGCCCCAGAGAGACAGCGUGAAUGGCCGAGGCCGGAGGGACGCCGCCUCCCCCUCUAGCCCCCUGCUGAACGGGAGCACCGUGGGACAUCCUCCCGCAGGGGGUGGGUCUCCCAAAGCGGCCCGUCCCGCUCUCUCGCCCACAGGCUCGAUCCCUCUGACUGUGUCACCUGUGCCUGAAGCCUUGAGAGAGGUGGGCUCACGGGGCCACACCCCCACGCCUCUGCUCCUCCCAGAAAAAGCUCUAAACCACGCCCACGUAGCCCCGGCUGUGCCGCUGCAGAACGGGAACACUCGCUACUGUCGGCUGUGCAAUAUCAAGUUCAGUAGCCUCUCCACCUUCAUCGCACACAAAAAGUACUACUGCUCCUCCCACAGUGCCGAGCACGUCAAGUGAGCCCACCCCCACACCCCUGCUCUCAACUCUUGCAAGUGCCAAGUGCCACGCCCACAAGUGGCAUGGCCCCGCCCAGUUCAGACAGUGUAAAAAAGUGGGACUGUUACUAACCAGAUGCUGAGGUUGCCAUGCCAACCCUGCUGUUCUUGGUAUUGUUACUAUGGUAACUUAUUGCUCGUUAUGGGUCAAGUUUAUAAUACACUAAAUGAUAUGUGCUACCUGCACACAAACGUGUGCCCCAGUGACUAACACCCAUCCAAAAUCCUCCUUGUUCACACGAGUUUAUCCCAUUUAGGACAUCUUCUGAUGGGAUGCUAGGGCCGACAUUUAUCACCAGUAAUUCACUUUGUUUUAAACACUCACACAUAUGAAGAUGAUGAUGGUAAUUCGCUGGCUGUGUUGUGUCCCCUACCAAUUGUAAUUUUCCUGAGCCAUUAACAUGUGAUCAGUCGUUAAUUUGGGGGAAAUACUGCCCCCUAGUGGACUUGUAUGAUUCAUCAGGCCUCUCUUUUUUUUUUUUUUAAUGACGUGCUGAGAAAUGUUCUUGUCCAUACACUGAAACAGAUUUUGUACGGGGAAGAAAGCCCAAGUAGCUGGAUAGAUGCUGAUUUCCUGAAGUUACCAGUCGCAUGUGGAAUCUUGUGCAGACGGAAAAUGUGAAACUUCUUAGUCCCCUUGACUCCACGCUCAUUUCCCUUCCACAUAAUGCUACCUGGUUUUGUGUUUGUUUGUUUGUUUGUUUGUUUUCCCCAGAAAAAGAUUAUAUUUUUGUUUGUAUAUUUUUUUCAUACUGUCGAUAGCAACCAUUUCAUUUCAGGCUUUAAUGUGUUGUAUGUUCUUGAGCAUAGACGUGUGUCUUCUCUCAGUGAUCUUUGGAACCCAGUACUCUCUUUGCUUUCCAUAGCGUGUCAGCGUUGGUUGUGUCCAGUAGGUAAGUGUUGGUAUAGUAGAAGAAUGAGUGCAUGGUGUUCAUUCGCAGUAUUUGCUCACUGCUCUGGUUCAGAGGUGUUAGAAGAGAGCACCGGGCCGUUAAGAAUCCCUCGGGUCGACUGUCUCCGUUGUCCUAACGGCAUGAGACAAAAACACCGUGGCUCUUUGGCCAAGACCUCUUCCUCUGGCCCGUUGUUCUGCUCCAUCACCCUCCCUGACUCGGUGAAUGGCGUCCAUGUCUUUGAGUUGUUUGUUUCUUUUUAUUUUGGCCCAUAAAUGAAGGUGAAGACACAUCUGAGGUCUCUCACAGGCUGUAGGGUAACGGCGGUGGAAAAACACCAGCGAGUCCAUGUGGUCUCCUGGCGUUCCCCACGGUCUCCCGGUGCUCUCUGGCGGCUCCACGUCUCCUUCUGACUCACUCAUUGCUGCCCUGCAGGAGUGUGAUUUGUAGUGAGCAGUGGCAGGUGGUCUCUCCUUGGUGGGCCCCCCCCCCACAGCCCCCUUGGCACACGGCACAUGUAUGUGCUUUUCCGUUAUUCGUGGCGUUCCCGUUUCCCGGUGUUACACAGAGCAGGCGAGAUUUCUGUGUCGUGGUGGAUUUGAGAUGGUGCUCCACCAGUUGUACUUCACGCAGGACUGUUUACGACACUUCUCCUCUUCUCUGAUUGGCUAACAGUCACUGCUUCAUGAGACCAGUGGUGAAAAAACCACUUUUACGUUCCGGUUUUCCCUUUUUAUUGCACUGUGUUGUACAAAAAACUUUGCUGAAUGUUUUAGUUUUAGAAGCUUUUUUUGUAUUUCUGUUUUUACAGCACUUUUGGUUGUCUGAAGUUCCCCCCUGAUGAAAACAUUUUAAAACAACUUAGGGUUAAUUAAGAUAUUUUGUGAAUAAUUACAAAUGUUGUUGGAAAAAUAAUUAUGAAUGUCAUAUCUUUUUUUCCUUUCUUUUUCAAUCUCUAUGAAAAGUUCCACUACACACUUGUCCAAACUAUGCAUGGGAAAAUAAAAGUCCUGGAGGACAUUUAAAGUGCAAA